GUAUUAUAUAUUCCGCCCCCAUACACAGCACUUGUCAGGACACAAGGUCCUAACAUGGCGUCUUUCUAUCACUAUGCCUCGUUGAUGGUUCUCUGGGUAGUACACGUGAAUGGAUAUAUCCCCUCUAUUUAUUACAUGGACACCCGGUGUUCGGGAACUCUGACACUGACAAAGGACCUGCGACUUAAACUGACCUCCCUGCCCAGCACCCCUCUGAAUCAAGGUUGGCAGUGCUCCUUAACUCUCCGGAGCACUACCCCUGGGGACAAACUGAUGGUAAACAUCAGAUCGUUCAACACAAUCGGGACCACUGCCUGUACCAGGAACAGUCUCAAGAUAUAUGACGGUGCAAAUACACAAACAAGUCUCAAUGGAUUUGACGGGGACUGCGGGACUGUGUCAAGCAAAACAUACAUCUCUAGCGGAAACACAGUGAAAUUUGUGUUUCAAACGGAAGACAUUAAUCAGCAGUAUGGCCAGUUUGACAUCCUGUUGGUGUCGUUCGGUACUUGCACAAAAAGUCGCUUCAGGUGCGACAACGGCCGCUGUAUCAGCAAAUACCUCACAUGUAACGGCUUCAAUGACUGCGGCGACAGGUCGGACGAGAACACUGACUGUGGUAAAAGCAGUUUGGGAACAGGCCCUAUAGCGGGCAUUGCUGUAGGCGCCAUAGUUUUCAUCGUGAUCGUUGUCGUCCUGGCUCUCGUCGCCAGACAUAGGAGAAGACACUGCGUUACUGAUACUCACUGUCACGCCAGCCCACCGCCGUGUUCCCCGUGUACUCCAGCAAGCUACCCUUCUAACAUGCCCUAUGGAUAUUGAUACUCACAGCAAGCUACCCUUCUAACAUGCCCUAUGGAUAUUGAUACUCACAGCAAGCUACCUUCUACCAUGUAUUACGUUAAUGGAAACUACAUGUAACAGCAAGCAACUGCCGUUUAGACACGGAUUUCAAGUCUUCUUCGGUCAUUAGACACCACCGAUUUCCAUACAAGUAUCCGUACCCAAAGACUUUCACCAAUGGUCACAUCCUGAUACAGGGAACUCUCCAUCUUCAUGGGGGAAUAUAUCUAUUUUAAUAAAGUCUUUUCCUUAAAA